AUGUCAGAACAACAAUCAAGCAGUUCCACAUCAUUGUCAUCACCUGGUGAUGAAUUAAUUGAUCAGAAAAUAGGGUAUAUUUCCUUUCUCAUGUCUCGACUUGUUUCUUGCUUUGAUAAAUCGAGUACUCUUCCGACUGCCCAAAAUUAUGAAUCGAUGAGAAGUGCCCUUUUUAAGAAUUUUAAUCAAUUUGAUGGAAGUGAGAGAAUGCAAUCGGAAUGGGUCGAUAUGAUCUAUUCGCAUGCUGUUGAGAGAGGAUUGUACAAUACGAUGGGAAAUUUAAUGAAAGAACAAUUGAAGGAAAAUGUUGGAAAUUUGAAUGAAAAUGUUAUAAUUGCAUUGAAGAAAAAGCUCUUGACCAAGUGCCAGAUCGGAUUUAAGGAAGAGUUGGUCAUUGAUGAAGGAAAGGAUGUGAAACUUCAAAAAUUUGAAUAUAUGAGAAAGAGAUCAAAUAAUAUCAAAUUCAUUGCCAAGUUACUUUCCAAUGAUUUGAUUUCUUCCAAAAUUGGAGCCAUCAUAAUAGAGAGCUUGUUCAAACCACCUAGUCCAACCAACUUGAAACUCCUUACCAUGUUCGUUCCACUCUAUGAGAAUAUGGAAGAAAAGCUAGUUAAUCUUCUCAUUUCUAAAAUCAAUUUGAUUGUCAAAGCAGAUGAUUCCAAUCAAGUGACAGAUGAAUUAAGAUUUGAUUUAAUGAACUUGAUUGAUCAUACCAAUCCAAAGAAAUUAAACACCUUAGAUAGACAACUCGAGACCCUUCAAUUGGAACUUCCAAUCAUUUCUCUGAAUCAACAAAUCAUCGAAUGGGAGGCAUUAUAUGCUCAUGAUGAUGAAGAAUUUGAACAAGAAUUAUUAGAAAAAGCUCUAGAAGAGGAUGAUCAACAUUAAAACCCAUAUAAUUUUACCC